UGCUAAAAGCUCGCUUCUGGCCAGCCAGAGAUGACGUUUUGGGUGUGCAUUUCCGGAAAUUUGGCUCCUGGGCCUCUCGCAUCCCCCAACUUCGCGCCGGCAGCUCUGCCGUUCUCUCUAACCACGAGCAUCGGUGUUGAACGCGCAGGUCCCCUCUGAGAGAUCUGCCUCGCACAAACGGCAAGAUCGAUUCGAGACCGAAUUCGCGCCUGCGCGAUAUGCGCCUAUAGCGUGCUGCUCCGACUUUUCCGAACUCCUUGGAACGUGCCACAUACCAAAGACUGCGUCGCAGCGCUUCCGGAGAGGGAGUCAGCACCCGGGCGCUCAUGAGUGCCCAUGCCUCCACGGCGGGGGUCAUGCCCUCGCAUCGACCAAGAGAUGUUGCCGAUGUGUCACGGGCGCCGAUAGCCCCGAGGAAGGAGCCGGCUGUUUGUCCGACAGAUGACGAGGCACAAGUCCCGCGCAAGACGUCCAAGGACAAGCAGAGUUUUGACUACCUGUGGAAGUCUGGUGUUGCAGGUGGCAUGGCGGGUUCCGCGGCCAAGACAAUAGUCGCACCGCUCGACCGGGUCAAGAUUCUCUUCCAGUCCCACAAUCCGCACUUUGUCAAGUAUACAGGGUCGUGGUAUGGCGUAGGAGGAGCGAUCAAGGAGAUUUAUCAUCAAGAUGGACCUUUUGGUCUCUUCAGAGGACACUCGGCUACUCUAUUGAGGAUAUUUCCGUAUGCGGCCAUCAAGUUCCUUGCAUACGAGCAAAUACGGGCUCUUGUGAUUCCUCACAAGGACAAGGAGACGCCAAUACGACGGCUAAUGAGCGGCGCGCUGGCGGGCAUGACGUCCGUCUUCUUCACUUACCCACUGGAGGUGAUCAGGGUCCGGCUUGCAUUUGAGACGAGGAAGGAGGGCCGCUCGUCGCUGCGCUCAAUAUGCAAGCAGAUAUAUCACGAGGGCCAGUACCGGAAAGCCGCGCUUCCCGCAGCUGAUGCGGCCAGUGCCUCAGCAUCAGCAGUUCGCAGCGCGGCGACGGCUGUGGCAGCGCCCGUGCCGGGCUUGGCCAACUUCUACCGUGGCUUCUCCCCAACUCUCCUCGGCAUGAUCCCCUACGCCGGCACGUCCUUCCUCACCCAUGAUACCGCAGGCGAUUUGCUCCGCCACCCGACGAUCGCCCAAUUCACGACGCUGCCCAAGCCAGACAACCACACGCCCGGCAAACCUGCGCCGCUCCGUUACUGGGCCGAACUCCUCGCGGGCGGCAUUGCGGGGAUGGUAUCGCAGACGGCAUCGUACCCGUUGGAGGUGAUCAGGCGGCGGAUGCAAGUCGGCGGGGCCGUCGGGGACGGACGCCGAUUGCGUAUCGGCGAGACGGCGAGACUGAUCAUGCGCGAGCGCGGCAUCCGAGGUUUCUUUGUGGGACUGACGAUUGGCUAUGCCAAGGUGGUGCCCAUGGCGGCGGCGGCCUUCUACACGUACGAGCGGCUGAAGAUGGUGUUUGGCAUUUAGAUUUCGGUUGGUAUAUUGGCAUCAACACAUGAACGGCGUUCUGGGCGGCUCUCUGUGUAAACCUGGACCCUGAUGUGGGUUAAGCGUGGUUUCAAUUAUUAGAUUCCUAAAGGAACUGUAUGGGGAGAGGGGGA